AUGCAUCGUCUUUUUACUGAGCUGGAGCCAUCUAUUACUGUCACCGAGCAAAACCUGGCAGACCGAGUUCGGUAUAUCUUACGCCCAAAUAUAUUUGAUGGCGCCGAACUCGAACGGCUACGACGUGAGGCUGUUCCCUCAUCAAAUGAAAACGCUACGACUGAGGGUGCGGUGCCACAAGUUGCAGAACAACCCGCACACGUGGAUGCCGCCGAGAAUACCCCAGUGGUUGCUGAUUCAAAUGAUGAAGGAACAUUCACCCAGGAACUAGAAAUAGAGCAAAUGAGGAGUACAUUGGAAGAGGCGAUUAUGGAAACGCGCAGUACGCCUCUCGAAAAUCGACCGCGACUUCCCCGCAUAGCCCUAAGCAAGCGGAAUCGGGCUGUCGUGAGGGCUCUGAACCCAAUGCUGGUGACCUAUUUGGAAGCCAGCCGGGACCUUUGCGAGACGGACUCAAUUCUCUUUGGCGCCGCACUGGCAGUCUGCCGUAUUAUAGGCGCCAAACUUUCCACGGCUGGACGCACUACUGGACAAAGUACUGCUAUCCCAGCCUGGAGAACAAGAAUUGAAGAACGUAUCGCAAAGACUAGGGCCCUCAUCGGCAGACUGAUAUGCUUCAGGUCAGGCAAUACCAGGCCAAGGAUUGUGCGCACCGUCAGGAUGGCGUUUACUGGGACAAAUGUUAGUUUGUCCCAGCCGGAUAUAAUGCAAAAACUGACGGAGCGCAUAGACGACCUGAAGCAGAGAAUCGCUGCUUGGGGAAAGCGAAUUCGGCGAUAUACCGAGAGGUCGACACGGUUCAACCAGAAUCGUCUCUUCCAGAGUGAUCAGAAGAGGCUCUAUAAAUCAUUGGAGCGACCAAUGGUAAGUGGAACGGGCCCAGUACCGAAUCAGGCCGACACGGUCGCGUUCUGGCGCAGCCUGUGGUCAGAGCCCGUAAACCACAACGAGGGCCCUUGGACGGAAGUUGUGGCGAGUCAGUGUGCGGGUAUUACGCCCAUGGACCCCGUCACCAUAACGCCGGAUGACGUAGCUGAGGCGGUCCGUAGGGCCCCGAACUGGAAAAGUCCGGGACUCGACGGGCUGCACACUACUGGCUGA